AAGGUAACCCUGCAAAACGAAGAACUGACCGCCGCCAUAGGUACAAUACCUUAAGAGGCUCUAUCUUAGGUUAGGUACUCUCGUGAAUUUAAUAUCACUACCUUAAAUAUCCCUUCUUAAGACCAUAAAAAGUGGAGCUUCUCUCACUUAGCGCCGGUAAAGAGCAUAACUACCUGCCUUUACGACAAACGUAUAAUGUACCUGGUAUAUUAGUAUAUAUCCUUAAGGGUAUCAUCUUUUAGAGCAUAGGUCUUGUGGCUUGUUACCCUGACCGCCGUGUCUGGUCCCAGAUCCUUGGGUGCCCAACGUCCGUCCCCUUGUGGCUGCGCCGUACCCGAUAAAUUCAACAUGGCUUGAAGCUGCACUGACGUGUUCCCUUUCAAGAUUCCCCUGAUCAUAAAUACUGUAUAGGUAGCUGUCGGCCGACGUUCCCAAGGCGAAGACUCACAGGAAGGUCAUGCACCAGGGAAGAAUAUGCCAGUGGUUUGGGUUGGCGAGCUGUACCCAUAACAAAACGUUCCUCGAUCUCCCGGCACCGGUCCGUCGGCGAAUCUAUGAUUAUGCAGGUCUCUUCAGUGGUGAAUCCAUAUAUCUAUACUCACUCGCUCGACGCCAUGAUGAGCUCGAGGACAUACAUCAUGAGGCCUACACCUUAAAAAAUGACGCUUGCGAUUGGUGUAAUAGGCUUCAUUUUACAUUCCGACUCCUUCAGACUUGUAGGGCUAUCUACGCUGAAGUUAGCGCCGUGGUCUACUCUGAAAACCGCGUGCUUGUUCCCUACGAUGAUAUGGAUGAGGGCCUCCGCAUUCUCAGCAACAUUACCCCCUACGCUUGCAGUAAGCUGACCAACUUAUACGUACAACUCGACCUGCCCGAAGGCUACUGCCCUCGAAGCUAUAUCUUGGAGGGUAUAAAGGUCGAACCUAUACUGAAAAGUCGCAUUGCUGCAUGGAAACGAGCAGCAGAGCAUGUUCUUGCGCACUCGGAUCCGCAGAAGCUUAGGCUACAUCUUUCCUGUGAAAUAUAUUCGCAAACGAGUAUCAUCCCUGACGUGCUAGCACCUCUUUUCAAUGCACCUGGCAGUCUUCGCGACUGCGCAAUGAGUCUUGGUGGGGACAAAUACAACCUUUAUUCUAUGGCCCGACAAGCCGCCAUCACGGCGUCGUACAAAUCCCCUACUGUUCCAGAUUCGCCUUUUCGAUUUCUCGAUCUUCCCCAGGAGCUCAAGCAGGCAAUCCUCAAAUACACGGAUCUGGUCACCCCUAGUAAGGAAGUCCGGUGGGCUCUACAGCGUGGUUUUUACUACGAGUACCCUCUUGAUAACUUGUCUAAGGACCACUACUGCAGCGAUGUAUUUCGAGCUUGUGCAGAUAACCACAACGAGCUUGGUGCUUUUUGCAUGCGCAAGCCUUCCUGUUACUCUUCCCGCUGCCGAUGCUGGCGUCCGCCGCAAGCCUUGUUCCUAGUUAAUCGGGCCGUGUACGAAACUGCUCGGGUUAUUUUCUACUCGCAAAACCGUGUCGUUAUCAUGCCAAUCGUGGGGCUUUGGACGAGCCGCUCACCUCUCUUGGCUGGGCUCGAAACCUCCACAUUCAUCACAAAAUCUCUGAGACCGGAUACACUAUCUCACCUUCGUUAUUUUGAGUUAGUAUGCCCGCCGUUUGGGAAGGAUGACCCCUCGAAAUCAUCCGAUGCCGUGCCGCAUGUUCAUUGGCAGCAUACUAUCGACUACCUUAAGACACACGCAAACCUUUCCGUCCUAACAAUAGCGAUAUACAUGACCCGUUAUGAGCUACCGAGGUAUGGCAGAAUAACUAGUAUAAACAACCAACUAUUCAACCAAGAAAUAUUUAUAGAGAACGUUUUAGCCAUGGGUAGAGAUAAAGAUCUGACGCUAGGAACCUAUUUGGAUAUUGUGCUGCCCUUCCAAUCACUGACACAUUUGAAGCGAUUUUUUGUUUUCAUCGAGUGGGCAGGAAGACAUGGCUUCAGCAGUGUCCAAGUGGAACGGGAUAUCAAUUGCCAUCUGUCGGAGGCGGAAACGUGGCUCGAGCAGAAGGUGAUGGGUAGUGAGUAUGACAGCAGAGCACUAGGAAAGAUGACUGUUAGACCUAGCCAGUGGCUCCAGACGUUCAAUUUAUACUACCAAGCGCCAUACUAGAUUGCUAUACCCAAGUAUAUUUGGCGGGGGCAAGUUUGAUGAAAACAUUCGGAGGAGGGUUCCCACGCAAGAUCAGUUGAACAUACAACUUAGAAAAUAGUUACGAGUUAUAAUGUAUUUGAUAAAAUAUGACUAGCUGAUAAUUUCAAAACGAGAAUACUUUUAAUAAUAUUAAUGUACGG